AUGGAGCAACCAAGCCCAUCACACUCAGACGCCACUGACGACGAAGAAAACAUUAUCAAAUGGAAACAAACCUCCCCCAAAAUAAUCCAAGACCUCUACCACUCCCUCCUCCACGAACAACGCUCCACCAUCCAGCCCUUCCACCUCUGGCUUCGCCUCCUAGAGCAUAAUCUCAUGCCCAACGCUCGCGAUCUGACAGUGCACUACCACACCGUCCUUUCACUUCAGCCGGAAUACGAUCUGGUACGGAUAUGGCUAAACGCGAACCCGGACAAGGGGCUGAAUCGGAAGAUGAGGGUUCAGAUCCUCGCUUUUUCUGCUGCUACAGCUUCUGCUGCACCGAUAUCAGCGUCCGGUAACGAAAAGAAAGAAAUCCCCUGGAACCUACUCCUGCGCGACCUACGGCAUCAGCACGAUAUUAUGCGCGACAAGAACCUCCUUCUCGGCGACGGCGACUACGACUGCUUCAUCGCCUACGAGCAAUACGCGCGGCUGUACAGCGUGCAAUCCCAUGCGGACCCCGAGUGCCCAAUCAUAAAGGAGUGUUGGCUCAAUUUCGGGUCUGAGAUGGCGCAGCAAUUUGGUUUGCAGCCAUUGUGGAAGGAUUCCAAUGACAAAGGACCAGUGUGGGAGAUCAAGACGCAUUUUGGGGUGAUUUGUCAGUUGUUGAGGGCUUUUGCGUGGAAUGUUAACAUUCCGUAUGUUUAUGGGUGA